UCUUAGUUAUUUCAUUAUUGCUUGUUGUUCGAGUGCAAGGCACACUUCUAGAUUCUGAGAAUUUGUGGUGUUUUCUGUUGAGAUUGGUCGUUGAUUUAGGAAUAUUUUAGUGCAUCAUUCUUGGAUUUAAUGUUCAGUUACAGAAACUUCAAGUGCUAGUUCUAGUGAGUUCUAAUAAUUUAAUUUUCUUCUAUAUUUUUGAUCCACUCAUCGGAAUAAAAUAAAAUCAACUGGUGAAUUGAAAUACCGGCAAAUCAGCAAACGAACUACGCUUAAAACAAAUUUCCCGGUCAGGAUAAGGAUCUGCAAAUCGGAUUUUGGAUUGAAACUACGAGCUUUGUGAAAUUAUUUGAAAAAUUCUACGUUACGUAAAGGCAGCGAGAGGAAGAAAACAUCAGAAUGAAACUCCAGUUAGUACUACUCGUAACACUGUUCGCUGUGGUGUACACUUCACCGCUUCCACAGGCCAUUGAAGAAGUCAAGGUAGUGGAACCAGCUAGCGAUGUGGCCGAAGUACCAACGGUAUCAAGUCCAGUAGAGCAACCUGCUGAAGCCAAAGAGGUACCGGCGACGACAGAAGUAGAAGCCGAAGCUCCAACAGAAACGCCAGCCACUACGGAAGCCGUCGCCGCUGCCGAUCCCGCUCCAGAAGAGAAAGCCGAUGCUGUAGUCGAUGAAGCCAAAAAGGAAGAAGCCCCAGCUGUUCCAGAGGUACAAGCUGGAGCCACCAGUGACGCUGUUGAUGCUUCCGAAGUAGCUGCCGUCGCACCCGCCGCUGAAGCUAAAGAAGAAAACCAAGUUCAAGUAGCAGCCGAAGAGGUCAAAGAAGACACCGUCAAGCUCUCUGAUGCCGUUGAACCCGUUGCUGUCGCUUCUGAUGAUGCUGCUAGCGCCAUCCGCACCGAAGAUGAAGAAGAGAAAAAAGAAGAAACUCCAGCUACUACCGUGGUACCUGUAGCCGCCACCGAAGAAGAAAAACCAGCGGAACAGCCAGAAGCUAAAUCAGCACCAGUUGCCGAGAUUGCUACCGAAGAAGCUAAACUGGCCACCGAUGCUGAAGCGCCAGCUGCCACUACCACUGUAGAAGCCAAAGCAGAAACCACUACUGCUGCCGCUGCUGCUGCUGCUGCUACGAGCGCAGUAACCACGAAGCCAAAGGAUGACAGCUCAGAAGAAAGCAACGAAAGCGUGGAAUCUGAAGAGAAAAAAUCUUAAACUUACUACUAAGGAACACCUUCCUAACUAGUACGAGUGCCAACCUGAACCUCACCCCAAACAAUGUCCAAACACUUUUCAGCAAUAACAUAAAUUUGCUCAACAUACAUUCUUGAUCGUACAGCAGAUUCCGAUCCUAUGGUAGAACACACUUUCACCGCAAUAUUGCCUCGAAAUUCAAUUAAAGACCCAGUAGACUCUACCUUCAAUACAACGAUCUUCGCGAGUGAAGUAGAUUCUUACUAUCGUAAUUAGUGUUGUUAGUGUCUGUAGCGUAGAAUUACGAGGAGUUACAAUACAAUACACAACAGUGUUAAUUUUAAAUCUCGGCAACACAUUUUUAUCACUGGCAUUCAAAAUUCAAGCGAUCAUAGAAAGUUUUUAUCGAUUGAAAAAUAGAAAGAUAACUGCUUUCUACAAUCGGUACACCGAACAAAUAGCAAUUCCGAAGAUCCAGAACGAAAAUGCAAAACGAAAAGGAGACCUUCAAAUCAGAAAACAAGUUGAACAAUUAAGGUCAAAAUUAGUCUAAUGAAAUAAAACAAACUUAACAAAUGUAAGCACAAACUAAAACGAACCUUAAACUUAGAUAUUUGAAGGCUUGUGAGUUGGUAGAUAAAGAGGAUAGACAUGCAGUAGCAAUAGACGCAGUUUACAGAUUAUGGAUGUUUCAAAUUGGUAAACAUCAUGUAUUGAAGUUGAAGUUGAAAACAAAAAAUUGAUAUAUGCAAGAAAAUACCGAAAUCAGGAAGUCUAUUCCGAACAAUUAGAUCAAAAUCCUACAAGCAAACUUUCAAAUUUCUGCGUAGACUGAAAAGUUAUACAAAAUAAAAAUCAUGACAAAUGUAAAAGUGACGUGUAAUAAAAUAAAAUAAAUUGUAAUUUAUUAAA